AUGGCCGACGCCGCGUCGCAGGACUUCAUGGGCCGGGUGAUCGGCGCCGCUUCCCAAGGUGCCGUGGGCGCCGUGGUUGCCGCGUCCCUGAGCGCGGUGACGGAGCCUCUGGUGAACAACAUGUUGGUGAACCGCGCGACGCUCGGGCAGGCGAUCAAGGAGCUGGAUCCCAACAAGAUCAAGAGCUACCUGAACACCACGCUUGCCACCAACUUCAUCAAGUUCCCCUUCUUUGAGGCGACCAAUAUCAUCAUGCAGGGCGUGGACCUUCCCCCGACAGCACGGGGAGCCGCCUUGGGGUCGGUCUUCUGCACCAUCACCCUGCCGAUCACCAACUACCGAUUCCGAAAGUCGAUGAACCUGCCAGUGACGCCUGGCAACCUCUACCAGGCGUACCCGCCAACGGUUCUCCGGGACAUCAUCUACGGCAUCGCGCGCAACAAGGUGUCUGCCUUCCUCAUCUCCCUGAACCCCACCUUUGCGAACUCUACCAUGGGGCGCGUGGUGAACAUGUUCACCACUGUCGUCGCAGCAUGCGUGCUGUCGGCUCCCGGCAACGAGCUUCGUGGUUACUGCCUGCAGCCUCCCGACCGCAAGCAGUCCUUCGCAGACUUCUUCCAGCCCAUCAAGUUCAUCCGCAGCACCUCCGUCGGUGCCGUGAUCAUGGGAAUCAGCCUGGCGAUCGGCAGCCUCGCCACGCCGCAGGUGGAGAAGUUCGUGACGAAGCUGAGGGACUACCUCCAGAAGAACCCGGUGAGCUACAUCCUGCUCAUCCUCUUCUUCGUGCAGCAGAUCCUCCAGAUGCGCCGGCAGACAGAGCUCGUGCAGGCCGUGCAGAAUGGCAGCACCAAGUGA